GGUAUAGGGAUGGACAGGCCCACGGCUUGCACCUUCCGCUGCUCCUGACCGCCUGCUCUUGCGUUGAAAGGGCGUGGGCGAUGGCGACCGCCACUACCUGCGAAGCUCAAAAAGCUCGCUUCCACCAUCGUGCGCUGUGUAUACCGCUCACGGCUCUGCUGUCUCCCUUGGCUAUGUACUGAAGUUGCGCGUCCCAUGUCGCCAUGAGGUACCAGAAUUGGGACGUGCUCCUCUUCCCUGGCGACUCAAGGACUCCCAUCCAGGAAUUCAACACGACAUGUUACGUGUUGGGGCAGAACACGGGUUUGUCCUCGGAAGAGGGCUCUGUCGAGAAUAGCCAGGGCAACUUUGAGUCGAUGACGCUGGUUCCCAUGCUGAAUUCCUUCAUUGCAAGUCUCGAGGGUGGCGCGCCGUUCCGAAUUUCAAUCCACAGCUGGGACAAGCCCAUGCCAUCUCACCUCUUACUCAACUACAAGACCCCAGAUGAAACAAUUCUGUUUGGGGCACGAGUGUACAUCGACGGAGUUCUCGUGGCCCAACGUACAUUCGACGAGAAUGUGUGGCCAGAAGUCAUUGGGGAGCCAGGUUGUCCUUGUAUACCCCUUGUGCACGCUGAAGGCUAAUGGGGCAGGCCGCGAUGGUCAAUAUCUCCGAUUUCCCAAUGUCCACCGAGAAAUCAUCAAGCAACGCAAAUGGCACGUCAGUGAGCUCAUGGGCCGAAUCAGGGUGGUGAUCGCAGAAGGGGUCUUGAGAGACAACACUCCCCCUGCUGUUACAGCUUCUAGAUUUGACCGCCUCCGAGAUGUCGUCGCCUUCUCCUUUCAGCAUGCACCGCAAGACGUCCUUGAGUACUCGAGAAUCGCCUGGCCAAACCUGAAGAUGUUCACAAGCCUACCCAGAAACCCGCCGCGGCCUGCACCGAUCGGCUCUCGAGUCCCUGGCAUUUCGGGCCACGAAGCUCAUUCACACUCGCCACAACGGUUACCUCCAAUAGCAUCACGAAGUAAAAGACUGUCAACGAAUGAAAAUUAUCAAGAACUGUUUGAUACACAGAGCUAUUCGGAGCUCCAGCCUGACCCGAUCAGCAAAGUCCCCAACGUUGGUGCCUUGAAGAGCCAGUCGCCUGGACGUCAGGUCCCCCUCAAGCUCGUGGCGCAAGAUGAUGACCCGUUUGCCUCGUCGCACCAGAUUCCGACGGCAAUACAGCAGUGGCGGCUGCAAUUGAGGUCAAGCAGUCAUGACAUCUCCAUGCCAGAUUACACAUCUAGCAAGACCGAUCGCAGUGUCGUCAACACAGAGAUGUCCGGGGUCAGCAUACCGCGAGCUAACUUUUUGAGGCACAUGAACGAGGCUAAUCCUGAGGAGAUUCUACAAGCUUUGAGUCCUUCCCGUCAAGAAGAAUUAUUCAAAGCCCUCAGCGCGUCACAUAGCCCGGCGACCGACAUAGGCACUCGGCCACCGACAAAUACACCUCAGAUCAUCGACGACUUCACCACUCCCAGAGUGAUGCACUCCGGCGGCGCAAAUGAUAUGGCCAUAGCAAAAAUAUGGCAGGAACCGCGGCAGCGACGCCGGACAUGUUCGCUAGCUAGCUCCAGGAGCACUUCGGAACCAAUGGCUCAGCUGACCAAAGAGCAGACCAGCCCGCGAUUGCCCCGGGGCCUUGUUGCGCCUACAGAUGGAAAGAGCCAGUUGUCAGCCGCGUCAAGAUCGCUUUCUCUCGGUAUCAACCGCCAGAGAUCGGCCUCGAAUGGCUCCAAGCGUAAGCGGGGAUCGACUUCUCCGGGAUUGGGCAUAGGAAAGAUACCGGACACGAUCCAGGUCGUGGUCUGUUCGUCAUCGUCUUCAGCGUCGGAUGGGGAUGGAGAGGAACAGGGCGAGACAAAGUCAGUCAUUACACCCGGAAACACUGUUGCUGCCGUAGCAGAGUGAAGGCGGAAGAAGGCACAGGCAGUUGCAAUUGAAGCCAACAUUAUUCGAAAGGUAUGAGUUGGGCAUCAUUGAUCAGAGGGAGAAUGGGAACGAGGCUGAGGUCAUGAGCAACCGGAACAACGAGGUCCAAAGGCAUUGGUACUGAGCCUGGGUAUAAAUGAUAGUGACAGUAUGUCGAAGCAAGCAUAGGGACGUUAGAACUUGCAAUAUACUUAAGUAUCGACAUACA